AAGGGAAUAAAUGUUGGCAUAGACGAAGCCGUGGUUGAACAUUAUACUUAAUAGGUUUAAAAAUGAAAGGUGGAAAUGUAAUUUCUUGGUUCACUACAGAAAAGGGAAGACGAAUUGUAUUUGGAGGAGUAUGCUGUGUCGGAAUCGGCAUAUCGUCAUUAAAUUUCCUUUCUGAUACAUUUUUGCUGAAUAAAUAUAAAGAAAUUGUCCAAAUGUAUGGACUCGGAAUAGGUAUCCCACUCCCAGCCAGAGUUAAGAGACGCAUAGAAGAUGUGAUGGAUGAUAUGCAGAUACCUGAUAAGGAGCGUAAACUUAUUAAACCUUUCACUGUCUUUGGAUUCGACAUGUUCCAUGCAGGAUGCACACAAACAACAACAGGAGCGCUUAUAGGAAUUCCAUCAAAUUUUGGAUAUGAAACCACCUCAGAUGUGAAUCAGUCUCAUAUCCUUGUGAACCUGGAUCAGGUGUCUUGGGGUUCUGAGGCUGGCAAGAACUUGCUUGCAGCAAUGGUACUAAGUGAGGAAGCACAGAAAUUUGCAAUUGGCCGGGAAAUUGCUCAUGUCCAAACACUUUAUGUCUAUUUCAAUAGUAUUUUUCCAGCCCUUGUGAUUACAUUUAUGUAUGCCUUUGCAUCAAAAUGCAAUAGUAGGUUGGACUUACUAAGUCGGCCACUUGCAUUGCGAGGUUUUUUCUACUCCUUGGUUGGUCUCUUUGGAUUCGGAUCUUGGGCUUUUAUGAAGGAUUUUACCACUAUCCAUUAUGAGAAUCAAGUGGAUGAACAGAUGUGUGCUUUGGGAGAAACCUACAUUAAAGGAGGCAUUGAAUUCUAUUCUAAGCUACUGAAUAGAAAUAUUGCCCUCAGGAAACUGAUGGGGAAAAAGGGAGUGAAAUUAUAUACAGCAACAGGCAAUGACCAGUAUAUGGUGAGACAGUUACAUUUACCGCUAACGGUUCGCAAAGAAUACUUCCAGCUACGUCUUGAAGAACUUACGAAACAUCAUCAACAACAGAGCUCUACAAAAGUCAUAAGUGAAAACAAAUCUCCAACCAUUUCACACAGUGAAAAACUAUGA